UUAAUCUUCGGACUACAACUCCCAGUGUCCGGAGAAAGAAGAAUCCUGGGAAAUGUAGUCUCAUUGGUAGCUGCCUGUGUAACCAAGCAACGAGCUGGGCGGCCGUGGAGGAUCCUGGGAGAUCGUAGCUGGUUGCUAGGAGACGGGAAACGCUGGCCUGUGGAGGAUCGGUGAUCUGGCGAGCAGAAGUACGGUUCAUAGAGCGAGAGCAGCGGCGCCUGUCAGACCCGUAGCUAUGGAGACGGCACUGGAAGACGCGAGGACCCGGCCCCCCGCUCCGGUGCACAUCACGGUUCUCAGAGCACAUGAUCUGAAAGGGGUUAAAGGGGACGCCCCCGUCACCUAUGUCAGGUCUGAAUUCAACAACCUCCUCCUGGGAGACUCCCCCAAGCUCGAAACGACCCCCAGUAAGCCCACCGAGUACAACUUCACCACCAGCUUUGACAUUGGAGGUGAAAGUCCUCACACCCUGGAUGAUGUGGCGCACAAACCCGUCUUAUUGACCAUCAUUGAGAUCUUACCCAAGGAGAAGAAGCAGAAGGAGGAGAAAACAAGCGUCUUAGGGCAGGCGGCCGUGGAUCUGCUGCCCCUGCUGCGAGGUGAAUGUAAUUUCAGGGUCACUGUCCCCCUGCACCCGGUCCACGGGUCUCCUCUGGAAGCUGCCAACCCAGAGGCCAAGCCCGGCCUGGAGGUGGCCGUGUCCGUCCCGAUGCCCUUACUCACUGAGUCACAGAUAAGUCAGGGGAACCUGCUGCGAGUGACCAUGGAAGCCGCCUACUGCGCCCCCGACUCCUGGACGCCCACCGGGCCGCAGUAUAAUUACGUGACCAGCCUUCAGAUACCGUCAGUGGGAGAGAGAGAUUCCACUCUGAUCUUUUCCAAUGGCGUCCUGAAAGGCGGCGGGGAGAGCGAGCCGGUCUGGCGGCAGAAGAGGUGGCCCAUGAGCAGCAUCUCAGCGCCAGGAGCUCAGCAUAUCCCAGAAUCCUUCAUUCUCUCAGGACCCUACGAAGAUGAAGACGGAGAAUUGAACCGCAAAGAGGACAAGGACUUCCGCGUCGAAGCCGAGACCCAUAAAAAGCGAGUGACGUGGGACACAGAGAGGCGCUGCUACCUCGACCAGUCCGCAGUGAUCAGUUUGCAGAAGCGGAUCGCAGAGUGCCGGUACUGGCCGGUGGAGAUAAUGAGGGCCCCUUUUUCCCCUGCCGGCAAAUCCAAAGCAGGAAAAGCCGAAAAACAGGGUGACGAGGACGCGGCGGUCUCUUACCAUGGGGUGGCCUAUGUGAACAUGGUUCCCCUGCUGUAUCCGGGAGUCAAACGCCUGCGUGGCGCCUACAGAAUUCUGGCCUAUCAGGAUGCAGAGGUGCUGGAGAAGACAAAAUGUCAUCACAGCGUCCUGCGUGACUUCGCCCGUCAGAACAGCCUUAUGAGUAAACUGGCAGCCGCCCCGCCAGGCCUCAGCUCUCCUCACGUGAAGCCGGCGCCCAGCCGCCUUGCCAGAGACGAGAAGGGCGCCAAGGAGAAAGACAGCAGCAGACGGCAGAUGUCCGCUGUGUUGAGACCGUCAGAGGUGGCAGACAUUGACCCAGCAGGGGGGACGGCAUCGGCUAACAUCGAGGGGCAGCAAUAUGUGGAUUCCGGGACAUACCUGGUGCUGGAGCUGACUCUGGAGAAACCAUUAGUCCCUAAGCGCAUGGCUGAGGAGAUGGCUUUGAGGGUGAAGGAGCUGGUACCCGCCAGGCCUCAGCUCGGUCGGCGCACGGCCGGGGCACAGAAGGCGGUUGCAGAUUACCACAGCCAGGUCAGCAGCAUAACCAGCGCCAUCUUGGACGACUACUGCCAGCUGUUUGAGCAGCAAGAGGCCAGUGCCAUAGACGUGGAUCCACAGGUCCUGGAGGAACAAAAGUGUCAGCUCAACUACGAGCUAAACUGCUCCGGAAAAUACUUUGCCUUCAAGGAACAGCUCAAGCACUCGGUGGUGAAGAUUGUGAGGGAGAAGUACCUGAAGACCACCGCCUUCGAGGACCGCGAUCAGCUGCAGGCGUUCCUGAGCGAGCUCUACGUCUACCUCGUGGAUCAGAUGCACAGUGCUCUUAACAAGACCCUGUUUGAUGACAGAGAAGAGGCGCCUCCGGCCCCCAUGACGGACACCGAGCAGCUUCUGCGAUUCGCCAAGGAGGCCGAAAUCACUGAAGAUUAUAACCUGGCAGAGAUGUAUUAUCAGGAGCGGCUGGCCCGUGACCGUCAGCGCGUCGACCACUGGUUGGAUUACGGCUGUUUUAAGCUACUGGUCGGUGACUACAUCAAAGCGCAGGAGUGCUUCCACGAGGCCUUGGCCCUAAACCGGGAAGAUUUACACAGCCUGCUCCUGUGCGGUAUAGUAGCGCUUACCAUGGACAGUCACCAGGACGCCGAGGUGUUCUUUGAAGACGCUACAUGUGUGGCCCCCGGCAGCGCCCUGGCCUGGACUAUACUGGGCCUGUUCUACGAGAUCCAGGGAAAUGACAUCAGGAUGGAGAUGGCGUUCUCCGAGGCAGGAAAACUCCACCAGGCGGCGCUAACCGCGGACAGAGGGGCGGAGCAGUCUGACUGUGCGGAACCGGGCGGUGACAAUGCUUCUAGAGGAGGGACUGACAGGACUGCGCUGCCAUCUCCUCGCGGACGGCCCGGCUCGGUAGGGCUUUCUAUGAGCAGCCGACCCCCAGAGGAGAAGACCCCAGGACUCGCCCCCAAGUCUGCUUCAUCGGCGGUCCCUAAAAGCAAAGCUGGAACUGAUGGAGGUGCAGAGGCCGGCGCCAACCACAACCCCUCACCGUCUGCCAGCAGCAUCUACAUGGAGGCCGCUAGAUUCCUGGCACAGGUCAACGCCACGCAGCUUGUCCAGAGGGCGCUGGCGCAUGAACUCUUGUGCCCGGAUGGGGGGCCCAGCUGCCGGUACCACCUCAUGUGUGCCCAGGUGCACCUGCUGAGGAAGGAGUUUGAGGCGGCCAAUGAGAACCUGCGGGAGGCUUCACAGGUGGACCACCAGAACCCUGACGUGUGGGCGCUCACGGGGCACGUGCGCUACAUGAGCGGCAGGAAGGGGGAGGCGCGCCAGUGUUACGAGCAUGCCCUCAGCUUGGUGGCUGAUGCCUCAGAGUUGCACUCUGUCUAUCUCCGCCUGGGAUCCAUCUACCUCCAAGAGGGCGAGUUUGAGAAGGCGAAGACGACUUACCUGCAGGCCUGUAGGCGCUCCCCAACCUGCCUGACCUGGCUGGGAGCCGGCGUCGCUUGUUACAGGCUUGAGGAGCUGCAGGAAGCGGAGGACGCGCUCUCCGAGGCCAAUGCCCUAAAUAACAGUAACGCGGAGGUGUGGGGCUACCUGACCCUCGUCUGCCUGAAGACGAGAAGACAACUGGAGGCCGAACAGUCAUACAAAUACACCAGGAAGUUACUUGUACAGGAUCAGACCCUGUUGACAGAGAUCCAGCAGCUCCAGGAGGAGGUGGGCUUCGGAGACCCGUCCUUCUGAUUACACCUACAGGACAGAGGCCCCCCCCCCCCC